UCGUCCCCACUUUCCAGCCGAGGGAAAAAAUAUCUCAACGCUGGUUACGCAUGCGCAUCGUACAUGUACGUUAUGAAUGAAAUAGAGUCGUUAUAUUCAACAGCGACCAAUUUUAUACGAUUGUAUGCAAAUAUCUUAGCUUCUAGCGUGACGACUCAGUCAAAAUUUUAGAGGAAUAUUCAGAAAGGAUCUAUCAAAGUAUCUGCAAUGUUUAAUUAAGAUAUUUUCACGGGUUUAAUUAUUAUAAUCAUGAAACUGAAUAGUAGAACGAUUGACUGUUUCUUGAUAGGCACUUGUAGAUUCAAAUUACCAUAACUGUGCUUAUAGUAGUUAGAAGUGAAUGAAAUUUAUAAGAAACCUUCAAAAAGGUCCUACCUAAGUGUCUCUAAAAUUUUAUUAAGAUAUCUUCAUCGGUUCAUUAAUAAUAAUGCAAAGUCCAAGUAGUUAACAGUUAUUCAGGUUUUAAUUGAAACUCCUCAAUUAAAAUUGUAAUAACUUUCGUUCUGAUCAUCGGAAUUGAAUGAAAUGUAUAAGGAAUCUCCAAAAGGAUCCUAACUAUGUAUCUGACAAAUUUUAUUAAAAUAUCUCUACUGGUUCGUUCAAUGUAAUAAAAAAAAACAAGCGCGAAGCGAUAAGACAAAUGACUGUCGCCCCUAACGGCAGCAACUUCGCACGCCACGGGACCCGAACAAACAUUUCGUCGACAACAGAAACAUCUCGAGUUUAUUAGAAAGGAUCGACAUGGAGGUAGAAGCGAUGAUAAAGAAUCAGGAAGAGAGAAUCUCCUGCAAGGAAUUGGUGAAAGCCCUUGAAAGAGACGUGGCAGUUUUGAGAAUAGAGAAUCAGGCCAGUUUUGAAACUGACCAAAAACUGAACAGGAAGUUAGGCCAGCAGCUUGAAAAGUACAAUAUCGUCUCUUUGAGGCUUUCAGAUAAGCUGGACUCUCUGUGGAGCUUGGCGAGGACUCAUCAUCCAGACGAUAGUUUGACCAAACACUUUGCAGAUCACGUAUCAACCACUUGGGCCUAUCACAAUCGCAGGGUAUUCGAGAACAGUUCAAAGCUCCGGUUGCCUAGCCACACGGUGCAAGGCGCGUUCCUCUGCUCCGUAAAGGAUAAGAUCAAAAAGCGACUGACAGUUUCACAGAAGUAUUUCGAUCUCCUCGAGCCCUGCUCCGAUCCCGAGGACACCCGCCAGGCUCGGGAUUUAAUCAACGAGGCCUGGGAAUUGAUAUGCAAUUUAGAACAGUACGACAACAACCUGCAGCAGCAUUUAUCGAUGUCGAGCUUGACGCCUCGUUUGCUAAAGCUGGACCGUACCAUCGAUGUCUUCGUCUUCAACUGCGAGCUGCUACGGCCUUCGGCCGACUCCCAGUCCCUGCAAACGGUGUUCAAGUCUCUCGCCGACAUGUUGACGGGUAAGUUGCUUGGCGACGAGGCCGUCGCUGAACCUUCGAACGUCUGUACGAAGAAAGUGUACAGAAAACCGGUGUUCAUCUUCAGGAACAUCAAGAAUAAACCAUUGCCCUCUCCGUCCUCUUAAUAGUUCAUAAUAAUAAAAAAUUGUUAAAUGAAUUAAACAGUGGGCAACC